UGUGCGCGCGCUGGCCCGGCAGCAUGGCGGCGGCGGCGGGCGCCCCUCCGCCGGGUCCGCCGCAACCACCUCCGCCGCCGCCGCCUGAGGAGUCGUCCGACAGCGAGCCCGAGGCAGAGCCCGGCUCCCCGCAGAAGCUCAUCCGCAAGGUGUCCACGUCGGGCCAGAUCCGCCAGAAGACCGUCAUCAAAGAGGGGAUGCUGACCAAACAGAACAAUUCAUUUCAGCGAUCAAAAAGGAGAUACUUCAAGCUGCGGGGGCGAACGCUAUACUAUGCAAAAACGGCAAAGUCGAUCAUAUUUGAUGAGGUGGACCUGACAGAUGCCAGCGUGGCUGAAUCCAGCACCAAGAACGUCAACAACAGUUUCACGGUCAUUACUCCGUGUAGGAAACUCAUCUUGUGUGCCGAUAACAGGAAGGAAAUGGAAGAGUGGAUCGCAGCGCUGAAAACCGUCCAGAACAGGGAGCACUUUGAGCCUACCCAGUACAGCAUGGACCAUUUCUCAGGGAUGCACAACUGGUACGCCUGCUCCCAUGCGAGGCCAACCUACUGCAACGUGUGCCGGGAGGCUCUGUCCGGGGUCACGUCUCACGGGCUAUCCUGUGAAGUGUGCAAAUUUAAGGCCCACAAGCGGUGUGCAGUGCGCGCAACCAACAACUGCAAGUGGACCACACUGGCCUCCAUUGGGAAGGACAUCAUUGAGGACGAGGAUGGGAUUGCCAUGCCGCAUCAGUGGCUGGAAGGAAACCUGCCCGUGAGUGCCAAGUGCACAGUGUGCGACAAGACGUGUGGCAGUGUGCUACGCCUGCAGGACUGGCGCUGCCUCUGGUGCAAGGCCAUGGUGCAUACGUCCUGUAAAGAGUCCUUACAGACCAAGUGCCCGCUGGGCCUGUGCAAGGUGUCGGUCAUCCCACCCACGGCGCUCAACAGCAUCGAUUCUGAUGGCUUCUGGAAGGCCACGUGCCCUCCAUCCUGCACAAGCCCACUGUUGGUCUUUGUCAAUUCGAAAAGUGGUGACAACCAGGGUGUGAAGUUCCUCAGAAGAUUCAAACAGCUGCUGAACCCUGCCCAGGUCUUUGACCUUAUGAACGGAGGACCACACCUCGGCUUACGCUUAUUCCAGAAGUUUGAUACAUUCCGGAUUCUGGUUUGUGGUGGGGAUGGCAGUGUUGGCUGGGUUCUCUCUGAAAUCGACAGCCUCAAUCUUCAUAAACAGUGUCAGCUGGGAGUGUUGCCCCUUGGCACAGGGAACGACCUGGCUCGAGUGUUAGGCUGGGGCUCAGCCUGUGACGACGACACCCAGCUCCCGCAGAUCUUGGAAAAGCUGGAACGAGCCAGCACCAAGAUGCUGGACCGGUGGAGUGUCAUGGCUUAUGAGACCAAACUCCCGCGGCAGGCCUCCUCUUCCAUGGGCACUGAAGACUUCAGUGAGGGCUCUGAGGUGCAACAAAUUCUCUUCUAUGAAGACUCGGUCGCAGCCCAUCUUUCUAAAAUCCUGACGUCCGACCAGCACUCGGUGGUGAUCUCCUCAGCUAAAGUGCUCUGUGAGACAGUGAAGGACUUUGUGGCUCGGGUGGGAAAGGCCUACGAGAAGACCACCGAGAGCUCGGAGGAGUCAGAGGUCAUGGCCAAGAAGUGCUCUGUCCUGAAAGAGAAGCUGGACUCUCUCCUCAAGACCCUGGAUGAUGAGUCCCAGGCCUCUUCCUCCCUGCCCACCCCGCCCCCCACCAUUGCGGAGGAGGUGGAAGAUGGAGAUGGGGCGGGCAGCGGCUGUGGCUCCACAGGGGACCGCUCGGUGGGGUCGGCAUGCCCUUCCCGGCCGCAGAUAUUCCGUCCUCGGGAACAGCUCAUGCUCAGAGCCAACAGCCUGAAGAAAGCCAUCCGUCAGAUCAUAGAACACACGGAAAAAGCUGUUGAUGAGCAGAACGCCCAGACCCAGGAACAGGAGGGGUUUGCUUUAGGUCUCUCUGAGUCAGAGGAGAAAAAAGACCUGAAGUCAGAUGACAGAGUGUGUCCCACCGAGAGCUGCGGGGUUGCAAAGGGCAGGAGCCUCCGCAAAGUGUCCAAAUCCCCAUGUGAGAAGCUGAUAAGCAAAGGAAGUUUGUCACUGGGCAGUUCUGCCUCUCUUCCUCCCCAGUCAGGAAACCGGGAUGGCCUGCCAGCCCUGAACACCAAGAUCCUGUUCUCGAACGUGCGGGCUGGGAUGUCUGGUUCCUUGCCUGGAGGUUCUGUCAUCAGUCGCUUAUUAAUUAAUGCUGAUCCCUUUAACUCGGAACCAGAAAACCUAGAGUAUUACACAGAGAAGUGUGUCAUGAACAAUUACUUUGGCAUUGGCCUGGAUGCGAAGAUCUCCCUGGACUUCAACAACAAGCGUGAUGAGCACCCGGAGAAGUGCAGGAGUCGGACCAAGAACAUGAUGUGGUACGGAGUUCUUGGAACCAAAGAGUUGCUGCACAGAACCUAUAAGAACCUAGAGCAGAAGGUCCUUCUAGAGUGUGAUGGGCGACCCAUCCCACUCCCUAGCCUCCAGGGGAUUGCUGUCCUCAACAUUCCCAGCUAUGCCGGAGGGACCAACUUCUGGGGGGGCACCAAGGAAGAUGAUACUUUUGCAGCUCCGUCAUUCGAUGAUAAGAUCCUCGAGGUGGUAGCUGUGUUCGGCAGCAUGCAGAUGGCCGUCUCUCGUGUCAUUAAACUGCAGCAUCACCGGAUCGCCCAGUGUCGCACGGUGAAGAUUUCCAUCCUGGGGGACGAGGGCGUGCCUGUGCAGGUGGACGGAGAGGCCUGGAUCCAGCCUCCAGGAUACAUUCGGAUUAUCCACAAGAACCGGGCACAGACGCUCACCAGAGAUAGGGCAUUUGAGAACACCCUUAAGUCCUGGGAAGACAAGCAGAAGUGUGAACUUCCUCGCCCUCCGUCGUUCUCUCUGCACCCGGAGAUCCUGUCCGAGGAAGAGGCCACCCAGAUGGACCAGUUUGGGCAGGCGGCGGGAGCCCUCAUCCACAGUAUCCGGGAGAUCGCUCAGUCCCAUCAAGACAUGGAGCGGGAACUUGCCCACGCCGUCAAUGCCAGCUCCAAGUCCAUGGACCGAGUGUAUGGCAAGCCCAGAACCACAGAGGGUCUGAACUGCGGCUUUGUCCUGGAGAUGGUGAACAACAUUCAAGCCCUGUGCAGGGAGACAGCACUGCUCCUGGCCGGGAGGGUGGCUCUGCAGUUGGACCCUCCUCAGAAAGAGCGGCUUGGAGCUGCUCUCACAGAGAUGGACCAGCAGCUCAGGAAGCUGGCAGACACCCCCUGGCUGUGCCAGUCCAUGGAGCCUGGUGAUGAAGAGAAUGUGAUGCUGGAGCUUUCCAAACGCAGCCGCAGUGGCAAGUUCCGCCUGGUGACGAAGUUUAAGAAAGAGAAAAACAGCAAGAACAGAGAAGCUCGCAGUAGCCUGGGAGCCCCGGUUCACCUCUGGGGGACAGAGGAGGUUGCUGCCUGGCUGGAGCACCUCAGUCUCUGUGAGUAUAAGGACAUCUUCACGCGGCACGACAUCCGGGGCUCUGAGCUCCUGCACCUGGAGCGGAGGGACCUCAAGGACCUCGGCGUGACCAAGGUGGGCCACAUGAAGAGGAUCCUGUGUGGCAUCAAGGAGCUGAGCCGGAGCACUCCUGCCACCGAGGCCUAGCCCUGGCCCUGUCGGCCUGCGUCCCCCGCGCCCCCCACGACUAAGGCCAGGCGCAGCGCCUGCCCCUUCUCAUGGUGCUACUCCCUUUGCUCCAGACAGGAAGCCUUGCAGACGCCCGUUUUGUGACUGCUCCGGGGUCUCGAACACACCAACAUAGCUACCUUGAAACAGCACCUCGUCCCACCCGGCGUUAUGUGGGGCGGACCGCCACCUCCCCUCCGCUCUUGCUGACCUGUGACCUGGGCCGGACCUGACCUCCUGGGCCCUGGGGCUGCCCGGGAUUGUCCUGUGGGUUCCUCACGGAGAGCCUCAUCAUCGCACACCGUGUGGCAUCUCCCAGGCAUGCAGAAACUGACCCGGCUGGCAGCCUCCUGCACUGAAAAGUUCUUUCUGUGCCCACCAGCCACCCAGGUCUUGACAGCACCCCUGCCAGGCCACCCUCAGCUGAUGUCCCAUUUAUGGAUGAGGUCUUUCACAAAGAUCUGCCUCUUGUCAUUUGAGUGUGGCAGGAAUGCAUUGCCAAUCCCGUCUGUUGUCACUAGACCUGGAGAGGAGGCAAACUUGUCCCUCCUAAAGCCAAGUAAACGGGUGGCUGUGAUCUUGGGCUGCCAGAUCCCUUACCUAUUGCUUUUGGUCCCUUGUCCUGGUUGGUGCCCUCUCUUGAGCUGCUGGUGUGGGACGUGGGAUAUCUGUCUUGAGACGCCGUAGCCUCUCUCGUCUCUCCACAGAGGACAUAUUUGCGUGAGCAUGGUGGUGUGGGGAGAGAGCGCUUGCUGGGCGCUGGGAAGAUGUCUCUCCCUAUUCUGGGGGAGACCAGGCUUGGUCCCAGGCCAGCGUCCUGACAGUUUGACCGUGUGGAUGGCUCUGUCUCAUGCCACUCCAGCCCACGUCCCCAGCCCUUGCGGGCCCGGGUGGGGGAACAGUGUCCGGCUGCCAGCUAGGGCUCCAUGCCCCAAAGGGGGUGCUGAGCAUCAGUGUCCGCAGGCCACGCCACCCCAUCUCCUGGAUCUCGCUUCACCCCUUGUCCCUGUGAGGGGACUGGGCUGCAGGUGCUGUCUGGUCACCCUUGAGGGGACACUGGGGAGCUCACCACCAAACAGCCUCUACUUGCCACUCGCUUUGCAGGCCCCUGUGCCUCCCCUUUAUUGGUGUGCCUGGUGGGCCCCUCCGUGAGCCAACCUGGCCCAUACCUCCAGUUUGGGGGUGUUCCUGCUGGUGACCUUCCGGGCGCCCAGCCAGCUCCUCUCCCCAAGGGUGGAGUGGCAGCAUUGGGUUUGGGGUGAAUAGGCCUGUGCUCUGCAGGGCACUCUGCUGCGCCUUUGGAGGUAGGCCGGGCAGCUGUGCAUGGCCUUCCCCACCCUAAGGUCCAGUGCCAGCAGAUGGCCGUUCGGGACGUGGAAAGCAGAGAGGAGUCAUCUGGCCACCAGGAAUCACUGGUUUUCCAGGUAGAACAGGCUGAGAAAGGAGACUGUGGGGACCUGAGCCCGUGCCAGCACGGUGUCUGCGCUGUCCCCUCUGGCAGGGACCGGGGACAAGCACGCCCAUGGCAAGUGAGGGGAGUGGCGGCUGCGGCUGCGGCUGGGUCUGAAACUGCGAGCCACCCCAGGCCCUCCCGGCCCUCUCUCGGGGAAGCCUGAGGGUUGGGUCAAGCAUGGUGUUUAAAAUUAAUGUGUUGUCAGUGAUGAAAACAACACUGUUUACGUAGAAACCAUUUUUCUGAUUCUAGUAAGUUAGAGGUGAAUGGAGUAAAUGUGAGUGUCGCAUGGAAGUGCACCGGUGUGGGGCCCUCACUGCGUUGCUGUGGGGGCCACGUCGCCCUCCGUGGCCCGCUUCUCUGCCAGGCCCCGAUGUUCCUGCUAUGGCUGAGCACGGUCCCGCUGGGACCCCAAUCCUGUCAGCAUGGAAGGAGGAAGGGUCAGUCCUGGGGAGUCUUGGAGAAGAGGUUUUGUGCCCUCGGGUGGGGCUUACCCCUCAUAUUUAUGAUCUUAAUUUAUACAGUGCCCGCCGUGGAAGCAAAUGCCUCCUGUAUUGCUGUGUACAUACCCGAUCUGGGGUUGUAAAUAGGUUGUUCUGUGUAUAAAUAAAAUCUUCCAUUGACAGA